ACCAGUGUGAGGAGUGAGAGGACUGAGGAGUGCGUUGUACGCACUCAUCGUAGUUUAGACUUUAGAGAGGUUUAGAGGCUUAGAAGGUGGAAGUAAGGAAGAAAACAUAUAUAUUUACAGAGUAACGUAAUCUGAUUUUGAAUCCUCUGUUGUGGCUGUUGUCGUCGUCUCGUCGAACAGUCUUUUUAUUCUCUUCUUGCUUUCUCUCUGCUUUGGAUCUUGGGGAGUGAGAUAGAGGAGAGGGUGAGAAGCAAAUCAAUUGGAAAUGCCGGCGUUUCGUCAUGCCGGAUUUCUGAUCUUGGUUUUGGGCGCCGUCUUCUUACCGGCGGUGGUGUAUUGUGGAUUUCCGAAGAGCCUGAAGCUCGAAAGAGCCUUUCCGGUGGACCAGAGAGUUGAGCUGAGUGAGUUUAGAGCUCGAGACAGGGUAAGGCACCGCCGAAUCUUGCAGGGUGGGAUCGUCGAUUUUCCCGUCGAGGGUACCUACAAUCCUUACACCGUCGGACUCUAUUUUACGAGAGUGAAAUUGGGGACUCCUCCAAAAGAAUUCUAUGUUCAAAUUGACACCGGAAGUGAUGUUUUGUGGGUCACCUGCAAUGCGUGCAGUGGUUGCCCCAAAUAUAGCGGCCUGAAUAUUGCUAUGAAUUUCUUUGAUGCUGCCGCCUCAUCCACGGCUUCUCUAGUAUCUUGUUCAGAUGAAAUAUGUAAUUUGGCGGUUCAAACUUUAGAUGGUGGUUGCACUGCUCAGAAUUCCCAGUGUGGUUACUCCUUUCAGUAUGGUGAUGGAAGUGGGACAUCGGGUUAUUAUGUACAAGAUAUGUUCUUCUUUGACACAGUUCUUGGGAAGUCUUUGGUUGCAAACUCUUCGGCUACCAUAGUUUUUGGAUGUAGCAACUAUCAGUCCGGAGACUUGACCAAGCCGGACAGGGCAGUUGAUGGGAUUUUUGGGUUUGGGCAGCACGAACUCUCUGUCAUUUCACAACUGUCCUCACGAGGAGUUGCACCAAAGGUGUUUUCUCAUUGCUUGAUAGGAGCUAAUAGUGGUGGAGGUAUAUUGGUUUUUGGUGGGAUUGUGGAGCCAAAUAUUGUUUAUAGUCCUCUUGUUCCAAAUCAGCCUCAUUAUAAUUUGUAUUUACAGAGCAUUGCUGUCAAUGGGCAAAUUCUGCCUAUUGAUCCAGCAGUGUUUGCUACUUCAAGCAAUAGGGGAACCAUAAUAGAUUCUGGAACAACUUUGGCAUACCUUGCAGCAGAAGCAUAUGAUCCAUUUGUCAAUGCUAUAAAUAAUGCUGUUUCACAAUCUGCUCGUUCAGUUCUUUCUAAAGGAAAUCAAUGUUAUCAAAUCACCAGCAGUGUUGAUGGGAUAUUCCCUACUAUCAGCUUAAACUUUGCUGGUAGUGCGUCCAUGAUCUUAAGUCCCGUGGAAUACCUCAUAAAACAGGGUGAUGCUGAUGGGGCAGAAAUGUGGUGUAUUGGCUUCCAAAGAGUUCAGGACCAAGGAAUGACCAUUUUAGGAGACCUUGUUCUAAGAGAUAAAAUUUUUGUUUAUGAUCUAGCUAAUCAACGCAUUGGAUGGGCUAAUUAUGACUGUUCAUUGUCUGUAAAUGUCUCCACAAUUUCUGGUAAGGAUGAAUUUAUCAACACAGGACAGCUAAGUGUGAGCUGUUCAUCAGAGAUUGUUCCAUGCAGAUUCAUAUCAAGCAGUACAAUGGCUUUUCUUGUGUCUAUUUAUAUGUUUGGCCGGUUCAUGUUUUUGUAACUUAGAAUAUGCAGAUUAGGAAUUCCAUUCUUUGUUUGAUAAUGUAUUCUCUUGCCCCAUUUUUUUUGUUUUGCCAUUCGGCAGGGCAUGUGAUCUCACUUGGAUUGUACCAUGUAGCUAUUAUCCUGUGCAAUAUAAUUGUGAUACUUCUUAAAUUAA